AUGGCGUCCUCGUCGAAGAAGUUCACCUCGCACAAUGUGCGCUGCUGCACCCUCAUCGGCCACGUCGACCACGGCAAAUCGUCGUUUGCAGACUCGCUCCUCGCCGCCAACAACAUCAUCUCGGCCAGGAUGGCCGGCCAGAUCCGCUACCUAGACUCGAGAGAAGACGAGCAGGAGCGGGGCAUCACGAUGGAGGCGUCCGCCGUCUCCCUCUCGGUUAAGAUGCGCUUCCACGAUCCAAAGCAAGGCUGGGACCCGGAAAACCUGCCCCCCGUGGAGGACUUUAUGAUCAACCUCGUCGAUACCCCCGGGCACGUCGACUUUUCCAGCGAGGUGUCGACCGCGUCCCGCCUCUGCGACGGCGCGCUGCUCAUCGUCGACGUCGUCGAGGGCGUGUGCGCCCAGACCAUCACCGUGCUGCGCCAGGCGUGGCAGGACGGCCUCGAGCCCAUCCUCGUCCUCAACAAGAUGGACCGCCUCAUCACCGAGCUCAAGCUGUCGCCCUACGAGGCCUACCACCACCUCAUUCAGGUCAUCGAGCAGGUCAACGCCGUCAUGGGCAGCUUCUUUGCCACCGCACGCAUGGACGACGACCAGCGCUGGCAUGAGGAGCGCGAGAAGCGCAUCGAGGAGCGGAGGCUGGCCAAAAACGACCAGACGGCCAGCGAGGGCGAUGCCGCCGCCGCCGGAGCCGCCGUCGACGAUGACGAGCACUACGAGGAGCGCGACGACGAGGACAUCUAUUUUGACCCGGCCAAGGGCAACGUCAUCUUUGCCUCGGCCAUGGACAACUGGGCCUUCCGCCUGGAGCGCUUCGCCAUGCUCUACGCCAAAAAGAUGGGCAUCCAGGAGCAGAAGCUGCGCAAGGUGCUCUGGGGCGACUUCUACUUCGACCCCAAGGCCAAGCGCGUCAUCGGCCACCGCCAAAAGGAAAAGGAGAAGCGGCCGCUCAAGCCCAUGUUUGUCCAGUUCGUCCUGGAAAACAUCUGGGCGGUCUACGACAGCGUUGUCGAGAACCGCGACCAGGAGCGCAUCGAAAAGAUCGUCAACAGUCUCAGCCUGAAGAUCCACCCUCGCGACCUCAAGAGCAAGGACCCGGCGACGCUCAUCAAGGCCAUCUUCGGCCAGUGGCUGCCGCUCGCCGGCUGCGCGUUUGCCGCCAUCGUCUACGUCAUCCCGCCUACGUCCAAGGCGCAGCAGAAGCGCGUGCCGAUGAUGCUCAACCCGGACAUGAACUACUUUGACCGCGGCAACUAUGUGGCCAAGACGCCGCUCGAGUCGGACCUGAUGCAGGCGGCCACGGGCAGCGACGCCCACACCGUCGCCUACGUCAGCAAGAUGUUUGCCGUCAAGAAAGAGGACCUGCCAGAGGGCAAGCGGACGCCCCUCACCGCCGACGAGAUGCGCCAGCGCGCAAAAGAGAGCCGGGAAAAGGCGAGCGCGGUGCGGGCCGCCCUCGCCGCCACGGGAGCGACCAUCGACGGCGCCGACGGGGAGCAGAACGGCGACGCGCCUGCUUCCGCCGAGCCCAGCAGCGGCACCAGCCUCGAGGAGGCCGGGGCGAGGCGGGCCGAGCGCAUCCGCGAACAACAGCAGCGCCGCGAGGAGGAGGAGGCGGCGGCGGCCAAGCAGGCCGAGGAGGAAGGCUCGGACGAGGUCGUGCUCGGCUUCGCGAGGCUAUACUCGGGCACGCUGCGUGCCGGAUCCUGGGUCUACGCGGUGCUGCCCAAGUACAAUGCCGCGCUGCCGCCGUCGCACCCGGCCAACAGCAAGCACGUCCGGGCGGUGAAGCUCGAGUCGCUCUACAUGAUGAUGGGGCGCGACCUGCUGGCGGUCAGCGAGGUGCCGGCGGGCAAUGUGUUUGCCGUCCGCGGCCUCGAGGGCAAGGUGCUGAGGAACGCCACGCUGUGCGCGCCGCCGCUGUCGCAGGACUACCCCUUCGAGGAGCGCCAGUCGGCCGACGAGAUCGACGCCAAGAUGGCCCGCUCGACGUUUGUCAACCUCGCCGGCAUCAACCUGCUCUCGGCGCCCAUUGUCCGCGUCGCGCUCGAGCCGGCCAACCCUUCGGACAUGCCCAAGCUCGUCGAGGGCCUCAAGCUGCUCAACCAGGCCGACCCCUGCGUCGAGAGCCUCAUCCAGGACUCGGGCGAGCACGUCAUCCUCACCGCCGGCGAGCUGCACCUCGAGCGGUGCCUCAAGGACCUGCGCGAGCGCUUCGCCAAGUGCGAGAUCCAGGUCUCGCCGCCGCUCGUGCCGUUCCGGGAGACGGCGGUCCGCGGCAUCGAGAUGCCCCCGCCCAAGACCGAGGGCGCGGCGCGCGGCACCAUCGACGGCUCGGUGGCCAACGGGCUGGUGUCGUUCCGCGUGCGCGCAGUCCCGCUGCCCAAGCCCGUGGUCGAGUUCCUGCUCGCCAACGACCAGACCAUCCGGCGGCUCCAGUCGCGGACGUCGGCGCUGGCCAUCGAGGCCGAGGCCGCCGACGUCGAGGGCGGUGCGUCGAUCGACGCCGCCGGCUCGUCGGCGUCCAAGACGGUCAAGGUCGACCGCUUCUGGGCCGCGCUGGAGGACGUGCUGCGCAAGUGCGGCCAGGACAAGACGGGCGAGGACUGGAGGGAGAUUGUCGAGCGGAUCUGGAGCUUUGGCCCGAGGCGCGUAGGCCCGAACCUGCUCAUCGACAGGACCAACGUCGGCGGGGCGGCCGCGCUGCACCUGCGGGACCGCACCGAUCCCCACCGCCUCAAGGACAGCCGACCGGCUUCGGGCAUCGCCACGCCUUCGGCCCAUCGGGCAGCGCAGGCGGCGUCGUCGGCCGACAAGAGCGCCGCCGAGACGCUGGCGCAGGCGCUCGACGCCGCCACGCUCGAGGACCAGCCGGGCGACGCCAAGAUCCCCAUCAACUCGACCGACAUGAACGAGUCGAUCGACGCCGGCUUCCAGAUGGCCACCAACGCCGGGCCCAUGUGCGCCGAGCCGAUGCAGGGCAUGGCCUUUUUCGUCGAGGCCGUCGAGAUCGACAAGGAGGAGGUGUCCAAGGAGGGCGCUCGAGCGAGGCUGUCGCAGGUGGCAGGCUCGAUGAUUUCGGCCGUGCGCGAGGUCUGCCGCAACGGCCUGCUCGACUGGUCGCCGCGCCUCAUGCUCGCCAUGUACUCGUGCGACAUCCAGGCAUCGACCGAGGUGCUGGGCAAGGUCCACGCCGUCCUCUCGCGGCGGCGCGGCCGCAUCAUCUCCGAGGAGAUGAAGGAAGGCACGUCGUUCUUCACCGUCGGGUCGCUGCUACCCGUCGUCGAGUCGUUUGGCUUUGCCGACGAGAUCCGCAAGCGCACCUCGGGCGCCGCCAGCCCGCAGCUCAUCUUCAAGGGCUUCGAGAUGUUUGACCUCGACCCGUACUGGGUGCCGCGCACCGAGGAGGAGCUCGAGGACCUCGGCGAAAAGGGUGACCGCGAGAAUGUCGCGAAACGCUACAUGGACGGCGUCCGUAAGCGCAAGGGAAUGUUUGUCACGCAACGCAUCGUCGAGGCCGCGGAAAAGCAGCGCACCCUCAAGUCCAACUGA